AUGAAGGGACCUGGUUCCUACCUGCGAGACUGCUCCCCUCCCUCCCCAUUUAUGGCUAGGAUAAGUUCGCUGUCAGAGCUACGGUGCGCGCGACCCAGACAGUGCGGGGCGUCCAGCUCCAGCCAAGCCAAGCCAGCAGCAGACGACUCCCCUUCCCCACCCCCAACCCCUCGCGCUGCCCCGCCCCCGCUCUGUUUCCAUAGAAACUUCUCGGGCUCCGGUCCCUACCCCCACCCCGUGGCCCGGGGUCCUCACCUAGGCAAGAGGGGUGACCGAGGCGACGCCGGCGGCGGCCUCUGUGGGGCCCUUGCUGCCCACGGGCUCUUGGUUGGGGUCUUUCCCAGAGCAGCGGCAGCAGCGCUGGAGAGCGCUUUCCAGGUGGAUUGCAUCAAGACCGAGCCGGCCUGUCCCCGAACGCGGGGGUUCUUCCGGCAAGCUGCGUGGGCAGCCCAGGACACGUCGAGAUUCCAGACUUCCGCCCACAGAGGGCGGGGACUUCACACACCGCGGCAGCCAGCUGGGGCUUCAGGAGCCCAGCUGAGCUUACAAGGCCUGCGUCCCUGGGUCCGGAAGGCUAGUGGCUUCGGGCUGAGGCCCUGUCAUUGGGCUGACGGCACCGCUUCCCGGAUUCCUAAUAGAAAACAUAGUCCUGUGGCCCCAGCUGGGGUGAAUAUACAGGCAAGCAUUUGGGGGUCGGCCUCACUUCGGCGCCGCAGCCCCCAGCGGCCAAGGGCGUCAGCCUCCCUGGACGUCAAAGCCACCGCAGGCCAACGUGCCCCUCCGCCCGGCACUGCUACUACCAAAGGGCGAGGGGAUGUCACUGAGGCUUCAAAAGCACCACCAACAACCCAAGUGGUCUACCGCUCUGUUUUGGAAGAGUAUGGUUAUGAAGUAGGCAAGGUGAUUGGUAAUGGCUCUUAUGGCACGGUCUAUGAGGCCUUCUACACUAAACAAAAAGUGACUGUUGCUGUCAAGAUCAUCUCCAAAAAGAAAGCCUCUGAGGACUAUCUUAACAAGUUCCUGCCCCGUGAGAUCCAGGUGAUGAAAGUCUUGCGGCACAAGUAUCUAAUCAACUUCUACCAGGCCAUUGAGACCACAUCUCGUGUGUACAUGAUCCUAGAACUGGCUCAGGGGGGCGAUGUUCUUGAGUGGAUCCAACGCUACGGGGCCUGCUCUGAAGCUCUUGCCGGCAAGUGGUUCUCCCAGGUCACCCUGGGCAUCGCUUACCUGCAUAGCAAGGGCAUCGUGCACCGCCCCGGCCUGACCCCCAGGCCUUCUGCUGCUGGUAGGGACCUAAAGUUGGAGAACCUGUUGCUGGAUAAGCGGGAAAACGUGAAGAUUUCUGACUUCGGCUUUUCUAAGAUGGUGGCGACUGUUUCCCCGACCCUGAAGAACCCUUUACAGCACCUCAUAGGCUGCUUUUCUCACCUCAGCCAGACCUAUUGUGGUAGUUUCGCCUAUGCUUGCCCAGAGAUCUUGCUGGGUUUGCCCUACAACCCUUUCCUCUCUGACACCUGGAGCAUGGGCGUCAUUCUCUACACGCUGGUUGUUGCCCAUCUACCCUUCGAUGACACCAACCUAAAAAAGCUGCUUCGAGAGACCCAGAAGGAGGUCACCUUCCCACAUAACCACCCCGUCGCUCCGGACUGCAAGAACCUGAUUCACUCGAUACUGCGCCCGGCUGCCAGGCGGGCCACCAUCCUGGACAUCAUCAAGGAUCCCUGGGUGCUCAAGUUCCAGCCAGAGAGGCCCACCCACGAAAUCCAGCUGCUAGAGGCUCUGUGCCUACCACAAACCAACACACAGGCUAAGGAGGCUGCAAGUUGAGUAGGACUGGGGAAGGAGGCAGGGAGAGGGGAUUAGGGUAGGGUUGGGGGUGGGGAGAGGGGAGGCAGAACCUCUCCCUCUCUCUCUUUUUUUUUUAAUAUACAAAAAGUCUCAUUCCCAUUUAGUUGUAUC